AUGCAAGAAGUGUGCAACUGGAACAUAUCUAUCAUGAAGUGCUUUUUUGUAUCUUGUGGAUAAAUUUGUUCUAGUUUUGAUUCAAAUGGCAUUUGUCAAUACUGUGAAACUCCUCCUAAAUAUUUUUAAACUUUUGAUAGUCAUAAUUACCAACCUUGCUGUAUCUCAAGUUGUGUUUACUAUUAUUUAUAUUAUGUUAAGAAUGGAAUUGCUUAUACUCCUCUUGAUCUAAAUUAUUCAAUCCUCCAAUCAAGUUAAGAGUAGUUCUAUAUUGGAUGUGCACUCUGUUAAGCUAAUUUAAAUCUUACCAUAUAUUAAACAACUAUAGAAAACUCGUUUAGCAGAAUUUAAGGAGGAGGCAUUUAUGUUGUAACUUCAUAAUAAUUUAACUAUGUUAAUCUACAAAAUUUAACUAUAAGAAAUUGCUUCUCCAUCUAAUAUGGCUUCUUCUCAGAUUUAUUAUCAAGUCUUUAAAGCCUGAAUUCGAAAGUUACAUUUAGUGGAAUACAAUUUCAAGUGACAAAAGUUAUUUUCAUUAAAUUUUUGUCACUGUUAGAAUCACCUACUAAAAGUGAUAUAGAUGUUAUUAGAAACAACAAUCCUUUUAUUAAAAUCAAAUUUGGAUUUGUAUCAAUAGAAAAUUGCAGUUUCAUUUCAACCCAUAUUUAAUUUUUGAUAGAUAUUGAAUUUGCAACAAAUAUUUUGAUAAAAGAUAUUUUCAUUUUAAAUUCAACAAUCUUAUAUUCUCCUCUGAUUAGAUUAAGUUUAAAAUAAAGUUAUAAUUUAUAAAUAUUAGAUAGAGAUUAAUGGAAAUAUUACGUUAAUCAAUAUCAAUGCAAUAAAUGUUCAAUAGCAUACUAAUUAUUCGGUUUUGAAGUGUUAAAUUUCAACGUAUCCAACACUUGACUAUUUAACAUGUCGAGCAGGUAUCCCAUAGGAAAAUUCGAUUACGGAUGAUUAUGAUACCUCUCUUUAAUAUGAAUAAUAACAAUAACUUUGUAAUGAAAUUGAUGUUUAUUAAUAAGCAAACUAUAGUUUUAGUUUGUUUGAAAUCGAUAACUUGAAUUCAAUUCAUAGUUUACAAGUUGAAGGAUUAAAUUUUGACUUUAUUAUAUGUGGGUCUUGUGAAUAUGGCAUCCUAAGAAUAAAGCGUAUAAUGUAAUCAUAAAUUGAAAACAUUCUUUUUAAUAACAUUAAAAUUGUUAAUAGUUAAUGUGGAUAACAAUAGGAGACAAUUCAAUUAGAUGUAUUAUUAUCUAAUAAUAAUUCAACACUUUAUGGAUCUGAUGUUUUUGAGAAUCCAAGAUCUUUGACAAUAUCUAUAGAUGGAGGAUAGACCUUUUUAAAUAAAAUUUAAGUAAAAUAAAGUUCAAUUAUAAUUAUUGAGAAAGUAGUAAUCACUCCCUAUAAGAUAUUUAGGGCAUUUAAAAGAGUAAAAUAUUUAACAUUUCCUUCUGGUAGAUAAAUAUUUUCUUACAAAUUCUUUGAUUUAUCUCAAUCGAAGUAUAUUCCUUAUAAUCUAACAUUUCAUAUUAUCGCUCUUAAUAAAUAUAACUCUCAAGAGAAAAAGUUAGCUGGAACUAUUUGUACUCUCUAACUUCUACAAUAAUCAACACUACCAGUGAAGAAGCAGUACAAGGAUUAAUCGGAACUUUAUCCUACAAUAAAGUGA